AUGUUAUCGAGAGUUGGUUUACCCAUUAGAGCCUCUGCACGUCUUCUUAGCACCUCUGCACGAGAAAUUGCGUUUGCGUUUGAUAUAGAUGGUGUAUUAUUAAGAGGAACGAAACCGAUCGCUAAGGCAGGAGAUGCUUUAAGACUACUGAAUAAGAAUAAGAUUCCAUAUAUCCUUUUAACCAACGGUGGUGGUUUGUUAGAAUCCCAAAGGGUUGAUUUCAUCUCAAAGACCUUAGAUGUACAGAUUUCGCCGUUACAAAUUGUACAAAGUCAUACUCCAUAUAAGACAUUAGUGAACAAAUACGAGAAAAUCUUAGCUGUAGGUACAUAUUCUGUGAAGGAUGUAGCUAAAAAAUAUGGAUUUAAAGAUGUUGUACACCCAAUUGAUAUUAUUAAAUACAACAAAAGUAUUGCACCAUUUUCUGGUAUAACUACUUCUGAGUUGGAUCAAUUCUCUGAUGAAGUCAAAGAUUUGACUACCAAACCUUUCGAUGCGGUCCUGGUAUUCAAUGAUCCUCAUGACUGGGCUGCUGAUCUUCAAGUAAUUUCAGAUGUAAUUAACAGUGAUAAAGGGAUGUUGAACACUUUAAGAACCGAAAAGGAAUGGCAGCCAUCCAUUCCAAUAUAUUUCUCAAACAAUGAUCUUUUAUGGGCUAACCAAUAUAAUUUAAAUAGAUUUGGUCAAGGUGCAUUCAGACAUUUAGUAAGAACAUUGUAUUCUCAAAUGAAUAAUGGCUUACCAUUGAGAGACUUCAUCAUUGGUAAACCAACUAGUAUCACAUAUGAUUUUGCCCACACUGUUCUAAUUGAUUGGAGAAACAAAUUAUUGAAUGGUAAAACCAACUCAACUGUGCAAAUAUUACCAAAUCUAGGCUACAAACCUGAAGAAUCCCCAUUCUCAAAAGUGUUUAUGGUGGGUGAUAAUCCAGCCAGCGAUAUUAUUGGGGCUGAAAAGAAUGGCUGGGAGAGUUGUUUGGUAAAAACUGGUGUUUACAACGAUGGAGAUGUUUUAGAUAAAUGCACACCAACAAUGAUAGUGGACGAUGCUUAUGCAGCUGUUACUAAAGUAUUAAAUGAAAAUUGA